ACCUCCCCUUGCCUUCAUUUCCUGUCUCUGCUUCUUUCCCCAUUGCAAUGCUCUCCGGGUAGCCAGCUCGUCGUGAUCCGGAUGGGCCGGCGACCGCGGCGGAGGCAUGGAGGUGCAUAACUAAGGAACGGAUCAGAUCUGGAGUAAAGGUUUUUUUUGGGGGUGCUGAAGCAAAGAACAACAGCAAGAUAUGACAACUGCAAUAGUGGUGGGUGUUUCUACCGGCGCCAUGAAACCUGUUCUCGAUAAGCUGUCCAUUCUUAUGGGAGGCGAGUUCUCGAAGAUGAAAAACGUGCGGAAGGAUGUACAGUUUCUCAGUGAUGAGCUUACAAGCAUGAAAGAUCUUCUUGAGAACCUUGCACUUGUGGACGAGCUAGAUCCACAAACCAAGAGAUGGAGAGACAAAGUAAGGGACAUGUCUUAUGACAUUGAGAACAUUAUUGAUGACUUCAGGCGAAAAUUUGUGGAGAAAAAUGAAAAGGAAGGGCUUGCCAAGAAGACUGUUCGGUUCCUUAAAACUUUCAGAGCCCGUUACCAGAUUGCUGGCCAGAUUGAAGGGAUCAAGAAAUUAGUGCUUGAAACUAGUGACAGACGCAACAGGUAUAAGUUCAAUACUCCUCCGCCAAACGAUGUGGCCAUUGACCCACGAGUUGCCAUACUCCAACAAGAUGCAGAUAGCUUUGUCGGUUUGAAAGUGCCAACUGAUGAGCUCGUCGACUGGUUAAAUGACAAGGAGAUGCAUUUGAAGGUGGUAUCCAUUGUGGGAUUUGGAGGUCUGGGCAAAACUACACUCGCCAAUGAGAUAUACCGUCAACCCGAUGGAGGAUUUGAAUGUCGUGCAUUUGUCCCAGUGACACAAAAGCAUAACAUCCCGAAACUUAUUCGUAGUUUACUAUCUGAACUUGGGAGUGAUGCAUGUUCUUAUGAUUGUGAACUAAAUGUUCUUCUCAACAAACUCAAAGAACAUCUACAAAAAAAGAGGUACUUGAUUGUAAUUGAUGAUCUAUGGGAGAAGUUACCAUGGGAUGUUAUUAAAGGUGCUUUCCCAGAUAAUGGCCUUGGCAGUAGAGUAAUAACAACCACAAGAAUACAUGAUGUGGCUAAGGCAUGUUGCUCCCAUCCUCGUGAUUAUAUUUUGGAAAUGAAGCCACUUAGCGAUGAAGACUCAAGAAGACUGUUCUUUCAUAGGAUAUUUAACUCUGAAGAAGCUUGCCCUUGCCAGCUUCGGGAUAUUUCUACUGAAAUUCUCAAAAAAUGUGAUGGUAUGCCCCUUGCAAUUAUUAUUGUAUCAGGCAUGCUAGCAAGUGAAUGCUUAGACCAACAGGAUUGGGAGCAUAUACGGAAUUCACUAGGUUCUGGAACAAAUUUCACGUUGAAAGGGAUGAGAAAAAUCCUAGAUCUCAGCUACAAGAACCUUCCUCCUCACCUCAAGACAUGCUUGUUGUAUCUUGGUAUGUAUCCCGAGGACUUCAAAAUACAGAGGCAUCAUUUGGAACUUCAAUGGAUUGCCGAAGGCUUUAUUAGUAAAGAGAAUGGGCAAGAUGUGGAGAAGGUUGCAAGAAGUUAUUUCAACGAGCUUGUCAAUAGGAGCCUUAUUCAACCUAUAAGAUUUGACAACUGUGGGUUGGUCAUGCAUUGCAAAGUUCAUGAUAUGAUGCGUGAUCUUAUAUUGUGUAAAUGUGCAGAAGAAAAUUUUCUCACCAUAAUAGAUGAACCUGAAGCCAUCACAAAACCGGAUAACAAGGUCCGUCGAUUGUCUCUCCACCUGCAUGAUGAUGAAGUUAAUGGAACAGAGUUAUGGGUUAACAUUAGUCUGUCCCAAGUUCGGACUUUUAUGAUCUUUGGUGACCGUGAUGGUAUGCCUCCUCUGUCACUGUUCAAAUUCCUUCGAGUUCUGCAUAUUGACCUCACUGGAUCGUAUGUUUUUGACCUCACUGGACUGUCCAACAUGCACCAGCUAAGAUAUUUAGCGGUUGAUGAUGAGUGGGGUGCGAUGAAGGUUGGGAUGAAGGUGGAGCUACCAACACAGAUCAGAGGGCUACUACACUUGGAAACACUUGAUGUACGUCAUAGUAUCCAUCAUCCAUUCGAUAUAGUUCAUCUACCAUGCCUGAUGUUCUUGAAUGUGGAUUGGCGUCUCGCUCAAACACCUUAUGGCAUCGGCAACAUGAAGUCCCUGCGAUAUGUAAAACAAUUCGAUUUGAUUAACAACUCACCAGAUAACAUCGAGAGUCUUGGAGAGCUAGCCAGUCUGAGAUUUCUAUCAGUACGCGGCUACCUGCCUGAUAGGAUACGCAUGGAUGCUCUGUGCUCUUCUUUGGGGAAAAUGUGUAUCAGCUUGGAGUACCUUGGUUUGUAUAUCGAAGGCUGCAUGGAUGCCUUGAUGGACUUGUCACCUCCUCCUCGCCGUCUUGAGAGACUCUGGAUGGGUGAUAGGGUAGAAUAUUACUUUAUCUGGCAACUUGAUAGUUGGCCGGCAGAAAUGGGUGAGUGCAGCUGCUUUUUCAAGAUCCCUGGUUGGAGCGCAGAAGCGGAUAAGUGCUGCUUCUUUUCCAGGGUCCCUAAUUGGAUGGGGGAACUCUGUAACCUCAAAGAAUUGGAAAUCAAUGUCUUCAAGCCUGACGUUGGCAUUCUGGCAGAAUUGCCUGCCCUCACUUUUCUCAGAAUAUACAUCAUCAAAGGAUUAACAGAAUUCUUUGUCAUCCACGCGAGAGAAUUCCCUGUUCUAAAACGUUUAGAACUCCGAUUGAGCACCACAUCGUACCUGGCCUUCCAGGCUGGUGCAAUGCCCAAGCUCCAGUGGCUCGGGCUGCAGUUCAGCAGUCUAGGAUGGCACCAAUGCAUGCGUGGACCAGGCGGCAUCCAGCACUUGUCAGCGCUUGAAGAUUUCUUUGCAGUAAUUGAGACCGGCAGUGCUACGAGGUAUGAAAAGACAUGUGCUGAGUUUGCCUUGAAGAGUGCUAUCAAGUUGCAUCCCAAUCAUCCUCGCCUUCACAUCAACAGUUCGCUUCUUGGUGGUUUUAAGUUGGUGCUCUCCCCAUCUGAUGAUUCUGGUGGCGCGGCGGCGCCUCUGAACCGGAGUCCUGACGGCGUCUGAUGAUGACUCCUAUUCCAUGUGCUACCAUACCCCCAUCAACUCAUGUCUUAGCCAUUGGAGAACAACUCUCAGCAGUAUGCAGCAGUUUGCAAUCAGCCUCUGCAUUGUAUCAUUUCUUAUUUCCGUGUGUUUAUUUUCCACUUUUCUUUAUUAUCAUACUGAAU